UAUUUUCAUUGCGGUUCGAUGACUUCAGUUCAUGCUGAGAAACCGCUGCUCUAAAAAUUGCUAGAGAACCGUCCUGUCGGUUUACACAAAAGGGUCAGAUUCCUAAUUCGUUUCUUCUCCCAGCCCCUUUCUCCCUUUCCUUCUUUCAUUCAGAAAGAAAUCACAGAAACUGAGAGAAAAAAAAAACCCUAGCCAUUACCGCCGCCGUAAGCAGUGGCACACUGCCACCGUCCGUCGCACUCAAAGUCCGCCGGCCGUCCGUCCGUGUAGCUUUCCUCGUGCUUCAAGUCUCCGACCCCUGUUCUCUCUCACCAAUCGAAGCUUCUUCCUCGAGGUCAGCUCGGUGUCCGUCGUCUUCGUCUGCCCAGCCAUCCUUCCGUCGCCCAAGCCAUUGAAUCCCUUUUUCUUUGCCAUUCGUUCUGCUAGCCGUAUCACAGAGCACUAGUUCCGGAACUCUGCCGUCGCUGCGCCGAGGAGGACGACCUUGAACUUCCGCCGCCGCCGUCGUCUUCUGUACGAUAUGUCUGUUCGGUCUCCGGCAUUGGAAGGUGUCUCGUGACUCGUGACUCCUGAGUCGUCAGUGGUGAAGUGACGAAGAAGGAAUAACAGUGGUUGUUGUCUGCUCGCCAUGCUGCUUGCCGUCGCGCUCAACUGCUCUCCGUCAUACUCUGCCCAGACUGCUCAGAUCGAAGGUCAGUGCUCAUUGCUAGUGCUUGUUCUUCGUUUGACUGUUAUUGCGAGAAUUGGAUUCGGCGUUGCGCUUUGGUAGAGAAGCCGUAGACGGAGAAUCAACUUCACAACAGAACAACUCAACAAGUGAACAACAAGAAGCAUCAAACUCCCUUUGUAUUCAUGGUGGCUUCCUCCAACGACGCCGUUUUUACUUCGUCAAAGGACACCGAGAAGUUCCUCUGCAACUUGUUGCUGGAUUCCACACAACCCAUCUCUGACCGCUUCAGAGCCCUCUUCUCCCUUCGCAACCUCAAAGGCCCCGCCCCUCGCGAUGCCCUCAUUCUUGCGACGAGAGAUUCAUCAAAUUUGUUGGCACAUGAAGCUGCAUUUGCGUUGGGCCAAAUGCAGGAAACCGAAGCCAUUCCAGCUUUGGCAGCAGUUCUAAAUGACCUUUCUUUGCAUCCAAUUGUUCGCCAUGAGGCAGCUGAAGCACUUGGUGCUAUUGGUUCAUACGGUAACAUUCCCCUGCUGAAGAGUAGUUUGGAUUUAGAUCCGGCUCAGGAGGUCCGCGAAACUUGUGAGUUGGCUCUGGAACGUAUUCGACAUGUAAAAGAUGCUGGAAAUAGUGAUGAUUCAUCUACAACUGAUAUUUCACCUUUUAAGUCGGUUGAUCCAGCCGCACCGGCAUGCUCUUGCACCUCGGUACAACAACUGAGGGAAAUACUUCUGGAUGAAGAAAAAGGGAUGUAUGAGAGAUAUGCAGCUCUUUUUGCACUUAGAAAUGAUGGUGGAGAGGAAGCUGUUGCUGCUAUUAUCGAUUCAUUGGGUUCAAAAAGCGCUCUUCUACGUCAUGAGGUUGCGUAUGUUCUGGGUCAGUUGCAAGACAAAGCUGCUUCAACUGCUCUAUCUAACAUACUUAAAGAUGUGAAUGAGCACCCAAUGGUUAGACAUGAAGCUGCCGAAGCUCUUGGGUCAAUUGCAGAUGACCAAAGUGUAGCCCUUCUUGAGGAGUUUACAGCAGAUCCGGAGCCUCUUGUCUCUCAAAGCUGUCAAGUUGCACUAAGCAUGCUAGAAUAUGAGCGAUCAGGAAAAUCAUUUGAGUUCCUCUUCAUUCGAACCCCAACUGUGCAUUGAAUUACAGAAGAAGGAAAGAUGCAUGAGAUUGAAGAGAUACACACAGAAAAGGCGUAAAACAUUUAGCUGAUAAUAAUUAGCUGAUUUUUUGAAAAUUUAUUUUUAUUUAAAAGUUCACACACUUUGAUUUUACCUAUCUCUUCUUCCUUUUGUACUAGAACCAUAGCACCACACCCCCAUUGCCAGAACCACUGCUUCACCCUUUGGUAGCAGUCCUCGUUGGCCACUGCAGUCUCUACCAUAACCAAAAUUACCAAAA